AUGGCGAACCUGCAGUCUUCCGUCCCCGAGCCCUCCUCCUUCGCAGGGGCCUCGCCGCCGUCUCCCUCCUCGAUCGGUGGAGGCGCCGGCGGCGCUGCCUCGGCGGCGCAGGAGCCCAGGAAGAUGGCGUCGGCGGAGCAGCUGGUGCUCGACCUCUGCGACCGCGAGCUGCGCGAGAACGCCCUCCUCGAGCUGUCGAAGAAACGAGAGAUAUUUCAAGACCUGGCCCCGCUUCUCUGGCACUCUUUUGGCACAAUUGCGGCACUACUUCAGGAAAUUGUGUCCAUCUACCCCGCACUUUCACCCCCAGUUUUGUCGCCAGGUGCAUCAAACCGAGUCUGCAACGCACUUGCACUUCUUCAGUGUGUUGCAUCGCACCCUGACACCAGAAUCCCUUUCUUACAUGCUCAUGUGCCGCUGUUCUUGUACCCGUUCCUGAAUACAUUCAGCAAGACAAGGCCUUUUGAGUACUUGCGGCUUACCAGCUUGGGUGUCAUCGGUGCUCUUGUUAAGGUUGAUGAUACUGAAGUUAUCGGCUUUCUGCUGCAAACUGAAAUAAUUCCUCUGUGCUUGCGUACCAUGGAGAUGGGCAGUGAACUAUCAAAAACCGUCGCUACCUUCAUUGUCCAAAAGAUUCUGCUGGAUGAUAUUGGACUGCGUUACGUCUGUGCCACCCCUGAGCGUUUCUAUGCUGUGGGCAGCGUUUUAGGAAAUAUGGUAAUAUCACUAGCUGAUCAGCCUUCCACAAGGUUGCUGAAGCACAUUAUCCGAUGUUACCUCAGGCUGUCAGAUAACCCCAGGGCCUGUGUUGCACUCCAUAAUUGCCUCCCUGACAUGCUGAAAGAUGGGACAUUCAACAUCUCUCUUAGGGAUGACCCCGCGACAAGGCGCUGGCUGCAACAACUGCUGCAUAACGUGACUGUGGGCGGCAUGGGAGGACCUGGCAUGGGGGUGCCUCCCCAGCCAGGCCUGGAUCACAUGAUGGGGAUAUGA